AUGUUGACUGCACAAUUGUCUGGUACUAGCUCUCUGCACAGAGGACUGCGUGCAACGACGGUGCUGGUUCCAUGCAGGUUCAAAAGAACCAAGGCAAAGGGAUCGGCCCUUUCGCCGCAGAUGCAGAGAGUCGUGACGCAACUGAAUGUUAUGUCUGCUAGGAAGAAACAGCCAACGAGAUUGAAACUGUCGAGUGAGGACUUGAUAAAACAUCAGACUAUAGAGAAGAGUUGGAAAGUGUACCAGGACCAGAUGGUGACGCGGCGACAAACUGCCUUGAGGAAACAGUACUAUAGCAUCAACGAGGCUAUGGACCGGUUGAAGGAAUUGAGUCCCGCUUUGUUCAAAGCUGCCAAUGUCGAUGAGAGUGGGAAACUGUUCCCAAUAGACUUGAAAAUACCAACAGACUACCCAGCUAAUAAAAUAUGGUAUUACGAUUAUAAGAAGACUACCUGA